GUGAAUUAACUAUGGUUGUGCCGGAAUUCUUUAAUCUUCUAGUUUUAUUUAUCAUAACAUGUAACAGCGCGAUGGAAGGUUUUAUCGAAGGUGGCUCUUACGCGAAAAUAGAGCAUUUUCCACAUUCUGUGUAUUUGUACAUAAUAUGUAAAGAGCAUCAAGUGUGCGGCGGGUCUAUUUUGACGCAGAAACUAAUUUUGACAGCUGGACAUUGUUUUGAGAAUUGUUUUAUGAAACGGAAAGAGAUGUUCGCGUAUGCAGGAAGCGAGAAUACUAAUGAGAUGUUAGUGGCCGAGAGCAUCAUUGAGUUUCGGAUACACAAAGAUUACGAUACGGAAACGCUUUUUAACGACAUAGCCGUAGGUUCCCUGAAAUCCGAGUUUCCACUGGGAAAUACGAUGAAACGAGUUAUCAUAGCCAAGAGCUUUCCUGGUGUUACCAUGGCUAGAACUGCGGGAUGGGGAGCAAUCGAUGAAAAAACGAUGGAACAAACAGAAAAAUUGAAGAUGGUAGUACAAAUUGUACAACCGUUCACUACUUGUACAGAAGUAACCAGACUUAGGGACGGAAUGAUGUGCGCUAAGAAUAACGAAAGGAAUCACCCAUCGCGUGGCGACUCCGGCAGUGCUCUAAUGUCCAAGAACGGUCAACAGAUCGGGCUGGUCUCAUUCCGGACCCCCAGUAGAAAGGAAGUCGUGAUCUACACUAAUGUAUCCUACUACUUUGACUGGAUAGAAGAACAAGCAAGAAACCUUUAUUGUUCGGAUUAAGAAUAACCCUGUUUUUAACAUGGUGGCCAAAAAGGACAAAGAAUACAUUUUAGUCUAUA